UCAGGUGGGUGGAGCGCUGGGCUGCUCCGGUCGUGGGCGUGGCGCGAGGACGCGGAGGCCGACCUCGGCGCAGGCGCAAAGGCCGCUGUGCGGAAGCUGGGUGGGCCUAGCGAGGCCUGGGCGGUCUCCCGAGGUGUGGGGUUGCGGCCCGAGGCGGCACUGGCGGCUCCCGGAGACGCUCCUUCCCAUUUCCUUUCCUUUCCCCCGUCUUCUCAGUGUGAUUUUCUUGGGCCAAAGCCAGUUUUUAGGUUGGCCUGCACAGAAAACUGAAAAGAGAAUGCUCCACUUUAACCGAUGUCAGCAUCUGAAACAAGUAACUCAGAAAUGCUUUUCUAGUACACAUAUGAAAACGGAUAAACAUGCACAGCUAUUUCUUUCAAGAACCUUUGCACUUGCAGAAUUAAGGAAGUCAUGGCACUCAAUCUGCUCUCUUGUUGGAGACAAAAAUAUCAUCCUGAUGGGACCACCCGGUGCUGGGAAAACAACAGUAGGCAGAAUAAUAGGUCAGAAACUAGGUUGUUGUGUCAUAGAUGUGGAUGAUGAUAUCCUUGAAAAAACCUGGAAUAUGAGUGUGUCUGAAAAAUUGCAGGAUGUUGGUAAUGAGCAAUUUUUAGAAGAGGAAGGAAAAGCUGUGUUAAACUUCUCUGCAUCUGGAAGUGUGAUUUCCCUUACUGGGUCCAAUCCAAUUCAUGAUGCUAGCAUGCGGCAUCUGAAGAAAAAUGGAAUAAUUGUUUAUCUGGAUGUACCUCCGAUAGAUAUAGUUAGUCGUCUAAAAUUAAUGAAAAUAGAUAGGAUUGUAGGUCAGAAUUCUGGAACAUCUAUGAAAGACUUACUGAAGUUUAGAAGACAGUAUUAUAAGAAGUGGUACGAUACUCGUGUUUUAUGUGAAAAUGGGGCUUCCCCGGAGGAGGUAGCUGACAAAGUGCUGAAUGCAGUUAAAAGAUACCAAGAUGUGGACUCAGAAACGUUCAUUUCCACAAGACACAUUUGGCCUAAAGACUGUGAACAGAAAGUGCCAACAAAAUUCUUUAGUGAAGCUGUGACUGAGGGGUUGGCUCCUGAUGGUGGACUUUUUGUUCCUGAGAAAGAGUUUCCAAAAUUAAACUGUGGGGAGUGGAAAAGCCUCGUAGGAGCAACGUACAUAGAAAGAGCACAAAUACUCUUGGAAAAAUGUAUACAUCCUGCUGACAUACCUGCUUCCAGGUUGGGAGAAAUGAUUGAAACUGCUUAUGGGGAAAACUUUGCCUGCUCAAAAAUUGCCCCUGUCAGGCACCUGUCAGGCAACCAGUUCAUCCUGGAGUUGUUCCAUGGACCAACGGGAUCAUUUAAAGAUUUGUCUUUACAGCUCAUGCCCCAUCUUUUUGCACACUGUAUUCCACCAAGUUGUAAUUACGUGAUACUUGUGGCCACCUCAGGAGACACCGGGAGUGCAGUCUUAAAUGGCUUUAGUCGUCUUAGUAAGAAUGACAAGCAAAGAAUAGCUGUGGCCACGUUUUUUCCUGAGGAUGGAGUAAGUGAUUUUCAGAAAGCACACAUAAUCGGCAGUCAGAGCGAAAAUGGACGGGCAGUAGGUGUCAAGUCAGAUUUUGAUUUUUGCCAGACAUCUAUAAAAAGGAUUUUUCAAGAUUCUGAUUUUACUGGCUUUCUUACUGUGGAAUAUGGAACAGUCUUAAGUUCAGCUAAUUCCAUAAACUGGGGCCGACUGCUUCCCCAGGUAGUUUAUCAUGCUUCUGCAUACCUUGAUCUCGUUAGCCAAGGAUUUAUUUCUUUUGGAUGCCCAGUCGAUGUGUGUAUUCCCACAGGAAACUUUGGUAACAUUUUAGCAGCAGUGUAUGCCAAAACCAUGGGAAUCCCUAUUCGAAAAUUUAUUUGUGCUUCUAAUCAGAACCAUGUUUUGACUGAUUUUAUAAAAACAGGACAUUAUGAUCUAAGGGAAAGAAAAUUAGCACAAACCUUUUCACCAGCAAUUGAUAUUCUCAAAUCUUCAAACCUGGAGCGACAUUUACACUUGAUGGCUAAUAAAGAUGGACAAUUAAUGACAAGAUUAUUUAAUCAAUUAGAAGAGCAGCAUCACUUCCAGAUAGAAAAGAUUCUAGUUGAGAAAGUUCAGCAGGAUUUUGUAGCUGACUGGUGCUCUGAGGGAGAGUGCCUAGCAGCUAUUCACUCUACCUACAAUACUUGCGGGUAUAUUUUGGAUCCACACACUGCUGUUGCAAAAGUAGUUGCAGACAGAAUGCAAGAUAAAACCUGCCCAGUGAUCAUCUCAUCUACAGCUCAUUACUCAAAGUUUGCACCUGCUAUCAUGCAGGCUUUAAAGAUCAAGGAAAUCAGUCAGACUUCAUCAAGUCAGGUUUAUUUACUGAGUUCAUACAAUGCAUUACCUCCACCUCAUGAGGCUUUAUUAGAGAGAACAAAACAGCAAGGGAAGACGGAGUGCCAGGUCUGUGCAGCUGAUGUGAAUGUCCUGAAGAGUCACGUGGAAAAACUAGCACAAAAUCACUUCAUAUAGAAGUUUUCUGAGUUAAAAAAAAAUGUUCUGGUGAUAAGCAUGCAAUAAUAGAUCACAAAAGUUGAUUUGGAAUACAAAUAACAUUUUGUUUUUUAUGUAAAUAUGUAUGUCUAUAUGUAGAUGUUAUCUUUCAGAAUUUCAAUAGCCUAAUCUCUAGAUCUGAACAUUAUACCUACACAUGCUCCUUGGAUCCUUAAUCUGGAAGUGACAGAAAGGUAGCAAAGUGCACAGACCCUUGUGCUGUGCUUUGCACUCAUGAGGGAUAUAUCAGUUUCUACUCCCUCACCCCCACUUUUAAGCAGACCAAAAUGUCUGGUAUUCAAUCUGGCAAUUAAAAUAUUUAAGCAUAGUUGUUACGUAGUACAUCUGUAACCGUUACCAUUUCUCUAUUGAAUAGAAAGAUAAUUUACCACUCUAAUGGUUAACUUCUGUGGAGGAAGUAGCAAGCUCAUCUAUUAAGAAAGGGCUAGGGCUUCCCUGGUGGCGCAGUGGUUGCGCGUCCACCUGCCGAUGCAGGGGAACCGGGUUCGCGUCCCGGUCUGGGAGGAUCCCACAUGCCGCGGAGCGGCUGGGCCCGUGAGCCAUGGCCGCUGAGCCUGUGCGUCCGGAGCCUGUGCUCCGCAACGGGAGAGGCCACAACAGUGUGAGGCCCGCGUACCACAAAAAAAAAAAAAAAGAAAGAAAGGGCUAGUAGUGUUUUUGACUCUUCAUUUCGGACUUGUAAUUAAUUAUGUCUAUUCUACGCCACCCAGAUUAGAUAAGUGCUGUGGCCUUCACUCCCCUUUGGAUAUGUAUAGUUAAGGUGAUGUAGUUUGAAAAUCAAGACACAAGAUUUAAAUCCACGAUGUAAUAAUCAACAGAACUACUUAGCAGUGGAUACAGAAAUAAAAUUAUGUAUCUAUUUCAAGAGAAAAGCUUUCCAGAAUUCAGAGUAUUUGAAUAGUCUUCAUGGAAGUAUGUUUCUAGUUCUACCAGUUGUCCUGUAUUAUUUGGACUCCAUUCCUAUAUAAUUUGUCUGUUGUCUCUCUUUUCAAUGAACAUUGUCUUUGUUGGUAACUAAAAUCACAUACAAUUGAUGCACAUAUUUAGUUUUUCCUUCUUUGUAGUAACAAUACAUUAUAAACGUGAUUUACAUUUGUGAAUUUCCUGGAUGUUUUAUUUCUGAAUUAAAGAUUAUCAGUGA